AGAUACAUAUAGAAUUUUUACGUCACCAUAUCAUGUACUUCAAAUUGUGUACAUAAAAAGUAAAAAAACAAUAACUUUAUCAAAAUUUAUUUACUUGUAUACAUUACUCAAUUCUUUACAUUGCAUUCAAAUUUAAAUUAUGGUGUAUACAACAACAAAUCGAAAAUGAAAAUUAGGAGGUAAACAAUGCAUUAUAGUCGACCGUCAGUAAUUUAUGAUUGCUAUUAAUAUAUACAGUAAUAGACAAAUGCAAUGAUUAAACCGAGAUUAAUCGUUUUAGCCACAUCACUGAUAAGAAACAAAUGCCUUCAAGAUAAUGAUUAUUUUCAAGUGUCCGUAAGUACUACAUAUUUUACUAUACAAUCGGCCAUUAAUAACGAAACAGUCUCUUUCGGUGUUGCAAAUAUUUAUUCAGCCCUCUAAUUAACUAGCAAGAUAUUCAUUAAGGUAACUUCCAAUACUGAAGAUGAAUGAAAAAAGUGUUGGAAUUUCGCAACAGACAUUAGUAUCUAAUACUGGAGAUGAAAAUGCACCUGCCAAAAAGUUACCUCAAUAUAUUGCCAGUUUAUCAUCAACUCUUGGAGCUCUAGCAGUUGGCAUGGUAUUAGGAUGGACUAAUUCUGCUGGCGACAAUGGAGCAGAAAUACAAGCUUUAUAUGGCAUACAAAUUUCUGGAAGUGAAUUUACAUGGAUGGGUUCAUUAGCUACACUUGGAGCAGGAGUGAUGUGCAUUUUAAUAGGAAUUCUUCCGACAGGAUUUCUUACUGAUUUUAUGGGAAGGAAAUAUGCAAUGCUUCUGAUGGUGGUACCUUUUACUGUAGGUUGGCUGCUUAUAAUUUUUGCCAACUCUGUACUUAUGUUUUAUAUUGGUAGAUUCAUUUCUGGUCUUAGUGCUGGAGCUUUUUGUGUAGCUGCACCUAUGUACUCAGCAGAAACAGCUGAAAAUGAGAUUCGUGGUAGUUUAGGAUCUUAUUUUCAGUUACUUCUUACUGUAGGCAUUCUAUUAUCUUAUAUUUUGGGAAGUUUUGUCAAUAUACGUGAACUAUCUAUUAUAUCUGCUGUUGUACCAUUUAUAUUUUUUGCAAUUUUUAUGUUCAUGCCAGAAACACCUAUAUAUUAUUUGCAAAAAGGUAAUGAAGACGCUGCGCGAAAAAGUUUAAUUAAGUUACGUGGCAAUCAAUAUAAUGUAGAGAAUGAGUUACAAAAGCAAAAGGAGGAUUUAGAAAACAAUGCUAGAAUGAAAACUUCUUUUUUAGUUUCACUUAAAUCGAGAUCUACUGUGAAAAGUUUCAUAAUUUCUUAUGGCCUCAUGUUUUUUCAACAGUUAAGUGGUGUAAAUGUUGUUAUCUUUUAUGUUAGUACUAUUUUUGCAAAAAGUGGCAGUGAUUUAUCUCCUAGUGAAUCCAGUAUCAUUGUGGGUGCCAUACAAGUAAUAGCUGUUUUUCUAAGUACAUUAGUUGUAGAUCGUUUAGGUAGAAAAAUAUUGUUACUGUUAUCUGCAAUAUUCAUGUGCCUAACAACUUUUGCUCUUGGAAUAUAUUUUUAUCUUCAAAACAAUGGAGAGGAUGUUAGUGCAGUUAGUUGGUUACCUUUAGUAGCUGUAUGUAUCUUUAUUACUGUAUUUAGCUUUGGUUUUGGUCCUAUUCCAUGGAUGAUGGUGGGUGAACUUUUUUCACCAGAAGUAAAAGGUGUAGCUGCAAGCAGUGCCGGUCUUUUAAACUGGGUAUUAGCUUUUAUUGUAACUAAAUUUUAUGGUGAUCUAAAAGAUGCAAUCAGUGAAGGUCCCACAUUUUUGUUGUUUGCUCUAAUAAGUGCUAUAGGAAGUUUCUUUGUAUAUUUCAUUGUUCCUGAAACAAAAGGCAAAUCCUUGAUAGAUAUUCAAAGAGAACUAAGUAACUGAUGGUGAUAAUUGUUUUAUACUUUGCCUAUCAAACUUAAUAUGGAUAUAAAAUAUUUCAGGUUGUAUAAAAAUUCGUACAUUUAUAUCUAAAACAUUUGAAUUGAGAUAAAACAUUGUAUAAUAAUGAGUUGACAUAUUGUAGAUGUAGCAGUGUUAGAAAAUAAAAUAACAUCCCAUCUUGUUAAUUUCAAUAUAUAAAUGAUAAAAUCGCUUUAAAA